UGUUAAAAUAAUUCAACUUUAAUGUCAAGAACAGUAACAUUAGUAAUAAAAUGUAUGCCAAGAUUUGUGUGAUUUAUGUGUUCAGUCUAAUGACUGUUUGGCAGUCAGUCGUUGGCCAACAAAAUUUAUCGCCACAAAGAUUUGCAAUCGAACCGAGCGAUAAGACUGCUAUAGUGGGCGAUACAGUUAUAUUACCUUGUAGAGUUGACUAUAAACAGGGUACUUUGCAGUGGACGAGAGAUGGGUUUGGUUUGGGGACUGAGAGGAAUCUCAUGGGUUUUCCUCGAUAUCAUAUGAUUGGAACCGAUGACGAGGGCGAUUAUUCCCUACAAAUAAACUCCGUUUCCCUCGAAGACGACGCUGUCUUCCAGUGUCAGGUCGGGGCUGCGGAUGGCAUCCGAGGCAUCAGAUCCCGGAGCGCAUCGUUCACAGUGUUUGCACCGCCAGAACUGCCGGUCAUAGUCCAGUCCCGAGCACAGGGCGAGUACCUCAGGACCACUGCCGGCAUGACUGUGGAGCUGACCUGCGAAGCACAUGGAGGCAAACCACCCGCAGAGUUGACGUGGUUGGACGGUGAGGGCAAUCCGGUGAUGACAGGGAUCUCCUACACGACUCAACUGUUGAGUGACGGGAAGCGCUGGAACGCGGCUCUGAAGUGGACAUUGAGUGCCACCAAAGACUUGGACGGAAAGCAAUUGACGUGUCGCUCAGAAAACGCUGCUUUAAAACAACCCAAAUAUACAUACAUUAGGGUUGAGGUUAAGUACGCCCCAGAAGUGCACAUCCGAGCCGAUAGUGUUCAGCAACAGGUCGGCGAAGACAUCGCUCUGUACUGCGAGGCCACAGGAAAUCCCAAUCAAGUCGUGUAUAAGUGGUUCAGAAACGAAGAGCAGAUCCCUGGAGAUCACGGCUCGCGUCUAGUCUUCAAUAAAGUCACGAAAGAUAUGAACGGAGUUGUCAUCAGUUGCGAGGCGGCCAACAGUGUGGGCACCGGUAGAGGAAAGUGGACUCUGGAUGUCGUCUACGGCCCCCACUUUCGUACAGCACUCGAGCCCUUCACCGGUGCAGAGAUGGGUCAAGAGGUGACCCUCCGGUGCGAUGUGGACAGCAAUCCUCGGCCUAACAUCACAUGGCUUAUGGUUGGCAGCAGUCAAGUGGUCACCACUGGACCCGAACUCGUCAUCCGAGAGAUGAGUUCCGACAGAGAGGGCCAGUAUUUGUGUCGAGCGUCCGUCAAAGGAUUUGCUGAGAUUUCGGCCCAAAGUCUGGUUUUCAUUAAAGGUCCGCCGCGUAUAAGACGGCCAUACGUUCAGUACGGUAUGGAUGGACAGGCAGUAAAUGUUGAAUGUAUUAUCGACUCAAUACCGACGCCAACAAAGAUUUUAUGGUUUCAUAAUUCACGGGUUUGUAUACCACUUGCUAUCUAUCGAUACAAAUGAUUAAUAAAUAG